GUGUUGCUGCCAUUUUCGUUGCGGACGAUAGAUUUGAUGCCAUGGCCGACGAGAUUCACCGUGAAGCAAAUUUCCGAUGAAUUGCGAAGAUGCUCCACCGUCAACGAGGUUCAAUCAUGGUAUGCCUUCCUCUUCAAGACCAACACCGCUUCUCUCAAUCCCUUCCUCACCAACCAAUUCAUCACCGCUUGCUCCAAACAUCAAGCCCUAGAUUCCGCCAUGACCGCCUUCGCCGACGCCGACAACCCCAACGUAUUCGUCUACAACGCCGCCAUCGCCGCCGCCGUCAAUUGCUUCUCCCCGCUCCAAGCGCAGCGCUGCUACUUGCUGAUGCUGAGGAACGGCGUGCGCGCCACCAGCUACACUUUUCCGGCGGUAAUCAAGAGCUGCAAGGCCAAUUCCGCCGCCAGGCUCGGCGAAUGCAUCCAUGGACAGAUCGGAAAAUCCGAUUCGGCUCUGCGAGUUCACGUCCAAACCGCAUUGAUCGAUUUUUAUUCAAGUUUGGGCAGAGUGUUCGAUGCUCGGAAAGUGUUCGACGAAAUGCCUGAGAAAGAUAACUUCGCUUGGUGUGCUAUGAUCUUGGCGUAUGCACGUGCCGGUCACGUGACCUCUGCCUUGAAGGUGUUCGACGAAAUGCCGGUAAAGAACACGGUCGCGAGCAAUACGAUGAUCCGCGGAUUUGCCGCGGCGGGGGACAUCGAAUCCGCCGCGUCAUUGUUCGGAAAAAUGGUCGAAAGGGAUGUCGUAACGUGGACGACGAUGAUCGACUGCUACUGCAAGCACGGACGAUACAUCGAAGCUCUAGAACUUUAUGAUGAAAUGAAGGCCUCCAGCGCUCGUCCCGACGAAGUCACAAUGGCAACGGCGAUAUCCGCAUGUGCGCAUCUCGGGGCGCUAGAGCUAGGAAAGUCGAUGCACUUGUACGUAUCGACGGCGGGAUUUGAAAUCGACGUUUACACCGGAUCGGCGCUUAUCGAUAUGUAUGCGAAAUGCGGAGUAUUGGAGCGAGCGCUCGUCGUGUUCUUCAAAUUACCCGAGAAAAACAUCGUUUGUUGGAGCUCUAUAAUCGACGGCCUCGCAUUCCACGGACGCGCGAACGAAGCGCUCGUGAUGUUCGACAAAAUGGUGUCGUCGAACAUCGAGCCGAACAGCGUCGUCUUCGUCAGUGUUCUUACGGCGUGCACGCACGCAGGAAUGGUCAACGAAGGCAAGCGAAGAUUCCGGCAAAUGACACACGACUAUUCCAUUUUUCCCGACGUCGAACACUACGGUUGUAUGGUCGAUCUUUUAUGUCGAGGCGGGUUGCUCGAGGAAGCGCUUGGAAUGAUACAGGACAUGACGCCGGAGCCUAAUUCGGUCGUUUGGGGCGCGCUUCUCAGCGGGUGUCGACUUUACAAGAAUUUGGAGAUUGCUCGGAUCGCGGCGGAUAAAUUGACAGCGCUCGAGCCGGAGAACAGUGGAUAUUACACGCUUUUGAUCAAUAUGUUUGCCGACGCGAAUCGAUGGGCCGAGGUGGCGAGGAUUCGAGCGGCGAUGAGGGAGCGUGGCGUCGAGAAAACGUCGCCGGGCGGCAGUUGGAUCGAAGUGAACAAGAAGAUGCAUCCGUUUGCCGCUUGCGAUCGGAAUCAUCCGUCGUCGGAAAAUAUUUAUUCGGUUUUGGAAACGUUGGAUUCACAACUCAAGCUCAUCGGGCGCACUUCUUCCCCGGACCUGGCCGUGUAAUAGAGUCAUGAAAAUUCUGGCCGUGUAAUAGAGUCGUGAAAAUUAAGGGUGUAUUUUAUUAUCCAAA